AUGUCAACCAUCACGAUAACCUCCGCUCCAAGAACGCGAACAACCGGCUGCCCCGCGCAAGCGAUACCACCUCAGUCCUUAACCCAAUUUCAUCUCUUCCCUAGGCUGCCCGUGGAACUCCGCCUCAAGAUCUGGAACCUCAACCUCCCACCACCGCGGGUUGUGCCCAUUCGGUGCGGUGCCAAGUCUCUCUCCUUCGCCUCCCACGCCCAGUCACCAAGGCCCUCGUCGAGCGGGUGUACCUCGUACACAGCCGUACCCACCAACCUCCACGCCUGCCAUGAAUCCCGCCUCGAGGCCCUCAAGUCGUACCACCUCAGCUUCGGCAUGACGCGCAACCCGGGCCAAAUCUUCUUCGACAAGGUCCAUGAUGUCCUUUACUUUGGCGCCCGCGACGGCUAUAUGGCCUCCGAGGCGCAAUUUCGCACAGUCAUGGCCCUCUGCGAUCCCGAAGACAUCUCACAAGUGCGCCGCCUUGCCAUCAACGACUCGCUCUUCUGGGUCGACACAAUGUACCAGUCCAUGAGCGCCGCCAACCUGACGGUGGAGGUCCUCAAGCAGAUCCGCGCGCGUAUGCCCAAGCUGGAAGAGCUCGUCUUUGUGCCGCGGGACGAAAACCCUGUCUACAUCGACGAGGUUGAGCUAGUGCCUGCAAAUUCGAACGGCGUGCUCGAGCAGCAGAUGGCGAGGCAAAUGGAGGCGGCGAUGAAGGCCGUUUGCGACUUAUUUCCGGACUGGACACCGCCGCGGUGGUGUAUUAUGGCUCUCGGGUCGACCAUGAACUUCAAGACCUUGUAUUGGGCUGAGACGACUGUGAUUGAUGUUUGCCUUCCUCAUUCGUCAUUGAGGAAAAUGGCUAUUGAAUCCAUGUGGGUGAUCUCAUUAGAAAUUGUCUUCUGGGCGAGUUUUGCUACUGAAAAACUACACGCUUGA